AUGGCAUCUUCAUGGGAAAAUUUUGGAGCGAUUGCAAAUGUGGCCCAGCUGACAGGCAUAGAUGCCGUGAGAUUAAUUGGGAUGAUUGUAAAAGCUGCAAAUACAGCACGGAUGCACAAGAAGAACUGCAGGCAAUUUGCACAGCAUCUGAAGUUGAUAGGAAACUUGCUGGAGCAGCUAAAGAUCUCAGAGCUUAAGAAGUACCCCGAAACUCGAGAGCCUCUGGAGCAGCUAGAAGAUGCCCUCAGAAGGUCUUAUAUUUUGGUCAAUAGUUGUCAGGACCGCAGCUAUCUUUACUUGCUGGCCAUGGGCUGGAACAUUGUUUAUCAAUUCAGGAAGGCUCAGAAUGAAAUUGACAGAUACUUACGCAUUGUUCCUCUCAUUACUCUAGUUGACAAUGCUCGAGUCAGGGAGAGACUCGAAGUUAUUGAAAAGGAUCAAUGUGAGUACACAUUGGAUGACGAGUACCAAAACUUGCAGACUGUUAUUUUGAAACCCGAGCCUGACAAAGAUGAUGCUGUAGUGCUGAAGAAAACUCUUUCCUGUUCUUACCCCAACUUUUCUUUCACUGAAGCACUUAGAAAAGAAAAUGAAAAGCUUCAACUAGAGCUACAACAUUCACAGUCAAAUAUGGAUAUAAAUGAGUGUGAAUUCAUUCAACGUUUAUUAGAUGUCACAGAAGUUGCAGCUUAUUCUCUUCCAGAGAAGUUUUCACCUGAAAAAAAUCAUAAGACAGUAGAGUACAGUAACUACAGUUAUUCUGAUGCCAACGGUAACAAAGUUCAUUCAUCUGAUGAAAAAUACCAUAAAAAAGGUGAUACUCUUUCAGCAUCAAGAUCGUCAAUUUCAGAAAAGGAUCUGCUGUCAACUGGAGGUUCAUAUCAGCAGGAAGAUUGGCAUACUGAUUUACUUGCUUGUUGUUCUGAACCUUAUCUUUGUAUAAAGACAUUCUUCUAUCCUUGUGGGACAUUCUCAAAGAUUGCUACUGUUGCAACUAACAGGCCAAUAUCUUCUGCUGAAGCAUGUAAUGAAUUGAUGGCAUAUUCAUUAAUUUUAUCUUGCUGUUGCUAUACUUGCUGCAUAAGGAGGAAGCUACGGAAGAUGUUGAACAUCACGGGGGGCUUUGUUGAUGAUUUUCUUUCUCAUUUGAUGUGUUGUUGCUGUGCUCUUGUGCAAGAAUGGAGAGAAGUGGAGAUCCGUGGGGUUCGUGGUUCCGAGAAGACCAAAACAAGCCCUCCACCCGCACAGUGCAUGGAAUCUUAAGUAACAAAUGAGGUUGUCAUUUGGUUGUGUAGGGAUUGAAUACCAUAUUAAAUAGAGGCAACUGGCUAUUGGAACUAUCACAUGAAGCCAGGACCAAUGUAGUUUGAUUC